GCUUUACUAUGAAUAAAAGUAAAAUAUACAAGCAUAUAGUGACUUUUUAAAAUGACUUUAGCUAUUAAAAGUUAAAUUAGUCUGUUAAUUUAUUGACAGAGCAGAAAAAUGUCUGUCAUCGGUAAAUUGAUCACGCGGCAUAUUCGUUUGCCGUUGCGUUUUUCACUUGUACCAAAUAAACAAAGAGCUUAUUCGAUUUUAGGGCAGAAACGAUUUACAGAUAAGUUUCAGUUAAAUAACCAAAACUUUUAUAAUUAUUGGGUUUUAAAGAAAAGUUUGUGUUUAGUAAAAAGACAAUUUGAAGUUAUGGGUUCACUAAGUCCUUUGGAUCCAUCAUCAUUUUCUAGACCAGAGCAAGCAAUUAUAAAGCACGUGGAUUUGUCAUAUGAUGUUGAUUUUGAAAAAAAGGUUCUAAAUGGUGUCUCUGUCCUAACCAUUGAAGUGUUAGACUAUAUUGAGAAUGUGGUAUUAGAUACGAGUGAAUUAGAUAUAAAAUCUAUUGAACUUAAAGAUGGUACAGCACUACAAUUCAAGUUAGGUGAUCCCGUUCCAAAUUAUGGUUCAAAGCUGACUAUAGACCUGCCACAAUCAGCUGCUCCGGAACAACAUUUGCAAAUAAAAAUUAAGUUUAAUACCUCUCCAAACGCUACUGCCUUGCAAUGGUUGGAUGCCAACCAAACAUCUGGGAAAAAGCAUCCUUACUUAUUCAGCCAAUGUCAGCCGAUCCACGCUCGUUCAAUCCUGCCCUGUCAAGACACGCCAGCCGUUAAAUUCACGUAUGAAGCUGAAGUAAUAGCUCCUGAAAAAUUCACAGUACUAAUGAGUGCUAUCAGGUUGAAUGCUAAUGCAAAUAAAACCAGCUUCAGCCAACCCGUGCCAAUACCUUCCUAUUUGUUGGCCUUGGCCAUUGGCGUGUUGGAAUCUAGAAAACUCGGGCCGAGAUCCCAUGUGUGGUCAGAAAAAGAAGAGAUCGACCGGAGUGCUUGGGAAUUUGCUGAUACCGAGAAAUAUCUUCAAGCGGCGGAGAAACUGUGCGGACCUUACCAAUGGACCCAAUACGACUUACUGGUACUGCCACCAUCGUUCCCAUACGGGGGCAUGGAAAACCCAUGCUUGACAUUUGUGACACCGACUCUACUGGCUGGCGACAGAAGCCAGGCGGAUGUCAUAGUACAUGAGAUAAUGCACAGCUGGACGGGGAAUUUGGUCACUAACAGGAACUUCGAGCACUUCUGGCUCAAUGAAGGUUUCACUGUAUUUUUGGAGAGGAAAGUAGCGGCUUCACUCAUAGCUGAUCCCGAAGAAUCCAGAAAAAGUAGAGAUUUCCAUAGCUUACUAGGCCUACAGGAGCUCAGCGAAACUGUAAAUGAUGACCUCGGUUCGGAAAGUCCCUUGACGAAAAUGGUCGUGACCUUGGAAGACGUCCACCCCGACGACGCCUUCUCAAAAGUUCCGUAUGAAAAGGGCUCUCUAUUUUUACGCUAUCUAGAGGAUCUACUCGGCGGGCCUGCUGUUUUUGAUGAGUUCAUGAGAUCUUACCUCAACCACUUCCAAAGCAAGUCUCUGGACACCGAUCAGUUUAAGGCAUAUCUCUUAAACUACUUCAAAGGCAAUGAGAAACUUGCACAAGUGGACUGGGACAGUUGGCUGUAUAAGAGUGGAAUGCCACCAGUUAUACCGGAGUAUGAUACAUCUAUGACGAAGGCCGUCAAUGAUCUUCUCGCUAAGAUAAAUAGUUCCAACACUACAUUUUCUUAUGAAGACAUCAAAUCAUUCACACCGCACCAGAUAAUAAACCUCUUACAAUCCUUGAUCGAUCAAGAACCACUGCCAGUAGAGAAACUCCGCUUUCUAGGUAGAGAAUACAAGAUAAAUGAUAGCAAGAACACAGAGAUAAUAUAUCGAUGGCUGAGAAUUUGUAUCAGGAGUAAGGAUCAAGAUAGAGUGGAUGAUGCUCUGGCUUUCGUAAACCAUCAAGGAAGAAUGAAGUACGUUCGUCCGAUUUACAGAGACCUUUACGCCUGGGAAGAUGUUAGAGAACGGGCGAUAGAAAACUUCCUCAACAAUGAACCGUACAUGAUGCAUGUGUCAGCGUACACACUAAGGAAAGAUCUGCGUCUCAGUGAAUAAGCAUUGUAAUUUGGAUAUUACAUAAAUAUUAUAUAUUAUUAAAUAUACAUUUUAUUAAAGAAUUAUUAUUAUGUUA